AUGGCUUCAACGUCUACAAUAAUUUCUAGUAAUGUUAUUAUGGCUAAGAAUCCGUUGGACAAUGAAUAUGCUGCAUUAUUAAAUGCAAUACUUGGUAAUAUUUUAGCUAUGGGAAUUUCAGUAAUCAAUGCUUUAUAUCGUAAUAAACAUCAAGCUCCGAUUGUUUUACUUUCACUACCAUUGAUGAUCGGUGCUAUUCAAGUUGUUUUAUUGAAAAAUUGGAUUAAACAUAAAUUAAAAGAUAAUACGAAUAGUCAAUCUAGUAAUGAAAAUGAAGUUAAAACAGACGAAUUAGAAAUGAUAAAUGUUGAAUAA